AUGUUGAAAAUGUCUAAGAUUGAAGUCCCGGUCGCUGAUGACACCCCGGGAAAGACCCAACAAAAUGAUUAUCAGACAAUGUCGGAUUUCUCUGAGACGAGCAGUAUGGGCGACACGCACCAGCUUGUGGAGGAAAAGGACGAUGGCCGUCUUCGCAGCAAUAUUCCAAUGACUAGCUUCAAUUUCAUCAACUCAAUUAUCGGCUCUGGAAUCAUAGGUAUACCAUUCGCUCUGAAGCAGGCGGGCUUUGCCUUUGGAAUAUUUUUGUUGAUGUUAGUUGCUCUCAUAACAGAUUAUUCAGUGUUAAUUCUAAUCGAGUCUGGGAAACUGUCCAAUACAAACAGUUAUCAGGACAUGAUAUUGGUAGCCUGUGGACGACCAGGGUUCUACAUUCUUACCACACUACAGUUCUUAUAUCCUCUAAUAGCCAUGAUAAGCUACCAAGUCAUUAUAGGAGAUACAAUCACCAAAGUUAUAGUACGUAUUGGCGGAGAAGGUAAGUAAACGUUAGGAGAUACUGUUCUAGCCAACAGACAGUUUAUCAUAUUCCUGGCUACAAUACUCGUCACGUUACCACUAUCAUUAUAUCGAGAUAUAGCUAAACUCAGUAAGUGGGCGUUCCUGUCUCUAGUCCUGGUGCUGUUCAUCCUCAUAUGUAUCUGUAUCCGACUAGGAGAUUUUGCUCACAACAUUCCACCGACUGAUGACGCUUGGACUGUUAUCUCUCCUAACGUGGCUCAGGCGAUUGGUAUCAUGGCUUUUGCGUACAUGUGUCACCACAAUACGUUUCUGAUACACGGGUCACUGGAGAAUCCAACCAAUCAGCGAUGGAGUUUUGUAACACAUGUUAGCAUCUUCUUCUCGAUGCUCACCCUCAUCAUCAUGGGGAUUAUCGGCUAUGUGUCCUUCACCGGAUUAACACAAGGCGAUCUCUUAGAGAACUACUGUCACGAGGACGAUCUGAUGAAUGUAGCCAGGUUUGCUUUCGCCUGUACUAUCAUGUUGACGUAUCCAGUGGAAUGCUUCGUCACAAGGGAGGUGCUGACCAACGCCCUCUUCCCAGCCAUGACAGAUGAGUUACCGAUAUGGCGUCACAUAGGUAUCACAGUGGGCGUAUCUAUCAUCACCGUUGUCGUCUCCAUGGCAACUGAUUGUCUAGGAAUAGUAUUUACUGUAAAUGGAGUAUUGGUAGCGUGUCCGCUUGCGUUUAUAAUACCGCCAGUCUGUGUGAUGAAGCUGCGACAGGAACCUCUUCUUAGCAAGAACAACAUCGUACCUAUCUUAGUGGUUGUAUUCGGAACUCUUGUAGUUAUCAUAGGCGUUGUUAUGGCUAUUCUGAACCUCUCGGAGGGUAUUCAGUGCAGUCAUGGUGUUGAAAUGGCAUAUUGUCAAAAACAUUCGCCAAUAAGUCCCACCCCUUUUUCUAAUCUUACUACCCCAUCAACCAAUUUUUCGUUAACACCAUCCACGUAA